AUGAAGACGAAGAAGGGCUGCUCGCCCCCCCCAGUCCGCAGCAGUCUACGCCAGCCAACAACAACAACAGCAGCAGCAGCAGCAGCGGCAGCAGCAGCAGCAGCAGCGGCAGCAGCAGCAGCAGCAGCGGCAGCACGGCAACAGCAGCAACAGCAAGAGCAACAGCAGCAAGAGCAACAGCAGCAACACCAGCAACAGCAACAGCAGCGACAGCCGCAACAGCAGCAGCAGCAGCAGCUGCAACCGUCGCCCAAGCCACACCACCUGCAGCACUGUACACAGCAGCGCGAGCAGCAGCAACAUCUUAGGCAACAGCAACUGUGGCAGCAACUGAAGAAGCUGCAGCAGCUGCAGCAGCUACAGCAGCUGCAGCAGCAGCAGCACCACCUGCAGCAGCAAAAGGAAAAGCCCCAGCAACAGCAACAGCUGCAGCUGAUGCCGCAGCAUCAGCUGCAUCAGCAGCAGCUGCAGCAACAGCAACCGCAGCAGCAGCAGCUGCAGCUGCAGCAGCACUUGCAACAGCAACCGCAGCAGCAGCAGCUGCAGCUGCAGCAGCACUUGCAACAGCAACAGCAGCUGAAGGCGGAUCAGCAAAAACUCCAGGAGUGGCAGCAGCAGCAGCAGCAGCUGCUGCUGCUGCUACAUCAACAGCGCGAGCAGAAGCAACAGCAGCGGCAGCUACUGCAACAACAGCAGCAGCAGGAGCCCCAGCAACAACAACCGCACCAGCUACAGCAAGAGCAGCAGCAGCACGAGCUACAGCAGCAGCAGCAGCAGCAGCAGCAGCAGGACAAGCAGCAGCAGCAGCUGGGAAGAGCUGCUUGCUGCAGUGGAGGCGGCAGCUGCAGCGGCACCAACUGUCGCGAGUAUAGUAACGGCUGCACCAGCUGCAGCUUGAGCAGCAGCAACAGCAGCAGCAACAGCAACAGCAGCAGCAGCGGCUGCUGCUGCUGCGGUCUGUGUGAAUGGUGCGCGCUGCGUUUGUGUGGGGCGCGAGACGGGAGCCUGGAUUUGUUGCAGCAGUCUCUCUUCAUUGAGGAUGUGGGGGGCUUGCUGCAGCAGCUGCAGCGGCAGAAGCAGCAGCAGCAGCAGCAACAGAGGCAGCAGCAGCAGCAGCAACAGAGGCAGCAGCAGCAGCAGCAGCAGCAAACAACUCCCUUCACCUUCAGGCCCUGCCUGCCCCCAGAUGCAGCAGCAGGAAGAAGAGAGAUGAACUGCAGCAGUUCAGCAGCAGCAGCAGCUGCUGCUGCUGCUGCUGCUGCUGCGCUGCAGCAAUGCAUACGAGAGUCCGUGCUGCAGCUGCUGCCUUCCUCUCGAUCAGCAGCAGCAGGCAGCAGAGCAGGCAAGCCCAAGGCCUGCUGCAGUGGGGCCCCUGUUGGGGGUGCCCCCCCAAGACCGCAGCAGUCUACGCCAGUCGACAACAACAGCAGCAGCAGCAGCAGCAGCGGCAGCAGCAGCAGCAGCAGCGGCAGCAGCAGCAGCAGCUGCAGCAGCAGCAGCAAAAGCUGCUGCACGUGGCCGUGUACACUUCAGCACAUACACCGUGAUGGCCCUCAACAAGAGAUGCAAAUGGGGGGGGUGGGGGGCCCCCUCUCCGCUAAGGCAGACAUGAGGCUUGCUGCUGCUGCUGCUGCUGCUGCACGCUCUUCCAUGCAGCAGCAGCAGCAACUGCAACAGCAGCAACAAAGCUGCUGCACGUGGCCGCGUACACUUCAGCACAUACACUCUGAUGGCCCUCAACAGGAGAUGCAAAUGGGGGGGAUGGGGGCCCCCCUCUCCUCUAAGGCAGACAUGCGGCUUGCUGCUGCUGCUGCUGCUGCUGCUGCACGCUCUUCCAUGCAGCAGCAGCAGCAACUGCAACAGCAGCAACAGCAACAGCAGCAGCAGCAACAGCAGCAACAGCAGGAGCAACAGCAGCUACAGCAACAGCAGCAACAGCAACAGCAGCAACAGCAACAGCAGCAACAGCAGCAACAGCAGCAGCAGCAGCAGCUGCACCAGUUGCCCAAGCCACACCAGCUGCAGCACUGUACACAGCAGCGCGAGCAGCAGCAACAUCUUAGGCAACAGCAACUGUGGCAGCAACUGGCUGCAGCAGCUGCAGCAGCUACAGCAGCUACAGCAGCUGCAGCAGCAGCAGCACAACCUGCAGCAGCAAAAGGAAAAGCCCCAGCAACAACAGCAACAGCUGCAGCUGAUGCCGCAGCAUCAGCUGCGUCAGCAGCAGCUGCAGCAACAGCAACCGCAGCAGCAGCAGCAGCUGCUGCAGCAGCACUUGCAACGGCAACAGCAGCUGAAGGCGAAUCAGCAAAAACUCCAGGACGCGAGCAGAAGCAACAGCAGCGGCAGCUACUGCAACGACAGCAGCAGCAGGAGCCCCAGCAACAACAACCGCAGCAGCUACAGCAAGAGCAGCAGCAGCACGAGCUACAGCAGCAGCAGCAGCAGCAGCAGCAGCAGGACAGACAAGCUCCGCAGCGACACACUACUGAGGAGCUUC